UUGCCUUUUUCUCAUCUCCUUCGUCCCAUACACCCCUCCUUCUCAUCUUGGAUCAAGUACGCAGACUGCGAUGGCAUGGCUUCGGACGUCGCUGACGGCGCUGGUAGCUGCGCUGAUAGCCAUCGUCGCUCUGGCUGUCACUGCCGCGCCCACGUCGCCCUCUGCGGGCACUCACCCGGACUUGGUCCAAUUGGCAGCGACCAACUGGUCAAGUAACAUCCAGCAGGGAGCAUGGCUCAUCGAGUUCUACUCGCCCUACUGCCGGCACUGCAAGGCAUUCCUCCCUCUUUGGAAGGAGCUGUCCAACAACAAACAAUCUCUGAGUACCGAUUACCCGGAUGCGCCCUUUCGCAUGGCGCAGGUCAAUUGCUAUGCGCAGCGCCAGCUUUGUGUAGAUGAGGAGGUGCCGCAUUUUCCAAAGUUGACGCUGUACAUGGAUGGCAAGAGGAGUAGCAAAGAGUAUCAGGGAGAUAGAGAGUACACAGAGCUGGCCAAUUGGAUUGAAGAGGAGGCCCACUACUAUCGCAGCUUGAAGCAGGCCAGCAAUACUCCUCACCCAGUCAAAGACAGCCAGCAGCCCGUCGUCGAGCCUGUCGUCAAACCUCAACCGCAGCCGGAACGUCCUGCUCAGCCCAAGCCUAUCAUCGAAGCUGCGCCGGCUCCUGCGCCAGCUCCCGCGUCUCCACCCGACGUCAAGCUCCCCGGCGCUCCUUCCAAAGCCGACGCCGAGGCAGUCGUCGCUGCUCCUCCUCCUCCUCCUCCAGACUCUGCGCCCGAACCAGCAGCGAGCCCGCCACCACAGCCAGCACCUGCGCCCGUCGAGGAAAUCGACUGGACUCUGCCCAACCCGCGUGGUCAGCUUCUCCAAUUCGGCAUCAGUGAAGGAGUAAAGACGGUGAUUGAGCUGCGCAACUGGCUGGGUAUUGUGCCCUCUCACGACGAAGAAGAGGCGGACAAAGGGUCUCACGCCGCAGCGGCGAUGCUGGACAACGAUGAUGAGGGCAGUCAUGGCACGGGCUCGACAUCUGUUGGCGGAGGACAUGGCGGGGCUCACUUGAUCGCAGACCACGACAAGCUGCUGGAAGAGACGAUCCGCAAGCCUUCCCCUGAUUCGAACAUCAACACGAGGCUGCCCUUGCGCAAGGAUUCGCUCGCAAAGGGAGGGACAUUCGUCAAGUUCUUUGCGCCUUGGUGCCCUCAUUGUAAGGCAAUGGCCAAAUCAUUCGAGCAACUCGCACCUGCCCUCAAGAAUCGCCUCAACGUCCUCGAGGUAGACUGCGAGGCUCACCGCGGCGUCUGUCGUGCCUUUGGCAUCCAGUCUUACCCCACUCUCCGCCUAUAUUCUCCCACCAAUCGCGUGGUCUCCGAGUAUCGCGGCAGUCGGUCCUUCGACGCCAUGCUCAAGUGGUGCAGCAAGGCUGCCGAAGAAGAGGGCGUGGAUCUGCCGAUCGCUAAUGACGAGGGACACUGGGCCGACAUUUCGCGUAAGGAGGAGGUGCGCUUCCUGUGGCUGACGGACGGGAGUGACUUGGAUAGCUAUCGCGGCGUAGAGGUGCCUCACUGGGAGGAGGAGCGCGACCUCGUCACAGCAGCUAGUAGGGGCAUCUUUACAUCUCCGUUCAGGGUGUACCGGUCAAGCCAUGGUGCUCUGGCAGGGAGAUUCCAGAGCUGGUUCGGCGCCAGGCAUGGCGGAUUCCGCAGCGUUGUUCUGGCUUUCAAGGAUCGCAAGGCCGACCGGCCCGUAGAUGCCUUCCACGUUACCCCAGCACCUCCACGAGAAGCUGAGCGGCCAGAGUGGCGGCGCCGCGAGCGAGCGAGGCUGGCAGAAUGGCUGGACUGGAAUCGUUACCCUACCCUGUCGCAGGUAGGCGGCGACUCGUGGGUUGACGUGGUCAACAAUCGCCACGGAGCGCCCGUUGCCCUUGCGCUGUUGAGCGACGAGCAUCAUGAUGGAGAGACGUACCCGACUGGCACCGGGAGCGCGCGGAGAGAGGCUGAAGUGGCCGCUCUGAAGCGCAUGGCACUGGCAUGGCGAGACGGUCAACACAAAUUCGCCGCGACGAAUGGCAGCGCGGCUGCAGCGGGUGGCUUACUUUGGGGAUGGAUCGACGCAGAUCGAUGGCGCCAAGCCAUCGGCAAGUACUACAAUCUACGCAAUCCGGCCGACUUUCCUGGCUUAAUUCUCGUUGACGGCCCCACGCUGCAAUGGUGGCCUCUCCCUACGCAGAAGCCCUCCCAGCUCAUCGACGUGUCUCAGCUCGACCCUCCGCCAGCGAUGACGUUGAUUACGGGAGAGGUCAAGCCGUUGGUUGCAGUAGGUGGGGAAGGAGCUGUAGCGCCUGGAGCGGGUGGAUUGGCAGCGGUCAAGGAGUACAAGAGCAAGUUGAGCUAUGCUGGUGAGAGUAGGGAGGUGAGCACUUGGUUGGGGAGCGGGGCUGCCGCCGCGAAGCAGCAAGAUGGCACCGCGGCUGCAGCUUCGUCAGAAGGGGACGACACAUUCAUUGAUGAUUUGGGCAUCCUGGUCGAGAUUGAGGCCAUUGGACGAGGUGAGCGCAAGGGGAAAGCAAGGAGUUCGCGCUCCUACAUCGACCGAUCAUACAGGCGCAUUGGGAGCUUUGUCUCCUUUGGCGCUCGACACCCAUUCAUGGCCAUGCUCUUCCUCUUUGCCCUACUCGGCGGGUUGCUCAGCUAUGUGAGACGGUCACAAAGAGCUGAGCGCAGUGGGCUGCCGAGGUACAAGCGGAUGGAUGAUGAGCGCGAUAUGGAGGGAGGAAGUGGGGCUUCAGGAGCUGCAGUGAGUGAGAAAGCGGGGAUGAUGGCGUCGAGCGGAACAAGUGUUCACCGUGGGCAUGAGAAGAAGAGGAGCAUAUCUGUUGCGGGUGGCGUACAGAAUGGCAGUGUUGCGAGGUCCGGGUCACAUCAUCAACUUCCAUCGACCAAGGCGGAUUGAGUGGGCGACUAGCCUGUUCUUGAUGCUUGCUAAUGCG